AUGGCGAAUGACGAAUACGACUUCCUGUUCAAGGUUGUCCUUAUCGGAGACUCUGGUGUCGGUAAAUCCAAUCUUUUGAGUCGAUUUACUCGAAAUGAAUUCAAUUUAGACUCAAAGUCGACCAUCGGUGUAGAGUUCGCAACUCGAUCCAUUCAAGUGGAUGCAAAGACAAUCAAGGCGCAGAUUUGGGAUACCGCUGGACAGGAAAGAUAUCGCGCCAUUACAUCCGCUUAUUAUAGAGGUGCCGUUGGAGCUCUUCUGGUCUACGAUAUCAGCAAACACCAAACCUACGAAAAUGUUACAAGAUGGUUGAAGGAGUUGAGGGAUCAUGCUGACUCUAACAUCGUCAUCAUGUUGGUCGGAAACAAGAGCGAUUUAAGGCAUCUUAGGGCUGUACCUACGGAGGAAGCCAAACAAUUUGCGAGCGAAAACAACCUAUCCUUUAUUGAAACCUCAGCUCUCGACGCGAGCAACGUUGAGCUUGCCUUUCAAAACAUUCUUACUGAAAUCUAUCGAAUUGUAUCUCAGAAAGCCCUCGAUAACGGUGAUUCUGCACAGGCCACUAUCGGAAGUGGUACAAAUAUUACUCUUACACCCCCUCCUUCAGACGAGGCAGCGAAGGGAGGCGGAAAAUGCUGUUAA